CCCCCAAAAACCAUUGUAUAAAAAAAAGAAAACAGAAGAGGACGUUCUCAGUAAAGUUAUUCUUCCCCAAAAAGACCGUUAGUUCAGUAAAAAGAAACAGAAGAAAGUUUGUUUUAUUUAGGAAUCCUGAUGGUCUUGUAUAGUUAAUCACCGGACAUCAUAGAGAGGUUUCAAGGAGUUCAUAAUGGCAGAGGAGCAGAAGGACUCUGAGGGACCUUUAAGUGAUUUAUAUGAUUCAACAACAUUGGAUCAAAUUAUUAAAGAUAUUCAGGAUGUAUCAAAUGACCAGGGGUCUGGAAUGGAUAUUGAGGGUAUUAGCAACCCACCGAUGCAAAAUCCAGGAACAAACCCAGAUGGUAACACAUAUAAUGGAGGACCUAAUGGCAUCACACAGAGACAAUCAACAAUGGCAGUCCAUAUAGCAAACCGUAUGACAAGGUUCAGAUACGACACAGAGCUUAAUAAUCGAAACAUUGGCAAAGAAGAACUCAUGUCAAUCAAGUUCAUCAAUAUAGAUACAGAGGUCUUUGUGAGAGUCCAUUGUGUAGAUCCCGUCAACAAAAAGGCACAUCCAUACUGUUUAAUUGGUGACAAGUGUAAAAAUGGACUGUAUUGCGAAAAGUUUCAUCCCACCGUUGAAAAUAAAAGUACAUUAUCCUGUAAAGCAACCAUAAAAAUUCCCAAAAGAGGGGAGUAUGAAGACGAACUCAAAAAACGAAAACAGACCAUGGAAAAACACCUAGGCCUAUUUAGUGAAGAAAUGAAGAAAGCUGGAUACUGGAAUACAAAUAAAAAUGUCAAAGAGUGCAAAUGUGUGGCAUUGUGUGUAGAGGCCUUCUACAAGACUGGACAACAGAUGUUCAUGCUUCACGAAAUUACCACAGGCUUGUUAAAUGCCAAGGAGGGUAGGGGUUUCAGUGUCCAUACUAUCCGUCCAUUUGCUCAUUACUGCACGGGCUCCAGGAGUCAAGAUGAGAAUAUGCUGAUAGUUCUGACCGCUGAUUCUUUUAUUCCUAAAGGGAUAGAGAUCAGAUUUCAAGAUGAGGAAGGAUGGUAUGCAAAAGCUGAAAAACCUACGAUAAUAAAAAAUGUACUGGAAGUGAAAAUACCUCCUUACAAAAACACAGAGCUAGAGGAGGCCAAACAAGUACAUGUGCUUGUGAGGUCCGAUAGCAAAGUCAAUCUAGAAGCCAAUCCCAUCAAAUUCAUGUACAAACCACACGAAGGGACUGUAAUCGAAUGCAAAAAAAGAAAACGUCAAGACUACAGUAACAUUCCCCAGGACAUUUUAUUGGAAGCAAAUGGUGCAGAUGCAAAAAUCAGAAUGAAAUCACAUUUGGAACGUAGGAAAAAGAUCAGUAAGGCAAGUGCCACCAUUACAGCACCACAGCCCAGUGAUGGUUCUUGUGCCCAGAACAUUUUGCCUACAGAUCCAGUAUUUGAUCCAGUGCAAAAUUUGGAUCCAAAUUUUGAUUUCCUCCAAAAUCUUACAUCCACAACACCUGCCUCCAUUUCUGCUGUGCUGACUCCCUCCAAUGUUCCCUUCACAUCUCCAACACAACCUGGUUAUAUGGAUGCCAUUACCAGUCAGAGUAUGUUGUAUGGAAACCCCACCAAUCCAAAUUAUCAAUCCACAUCAUCCAUAUACCAGAUACCAGUUCCAUCUCCACACACAAAGCCUCCAAUUUCUGCCCAACAGAUGAACAUGUCUGUUCAGUCACCACAAAGUCACUUGCCAGUUCAGCCCCCCUCAAGUCAGUUUUCUGUGUCUUCACCACAAAACAAUGCAGUUGGCUCAGUAACCUCCCCACCACCUCCCCAGUCUCCCAUGGGUAACAUAGGAAAGUUUAAGACUGUAGCCAUUGCUGGAACAAAUCAAUGGCUCCUCAUUGAUCAGUUUGGAAAGCCUCUUCUUGUCCUGGGUGGUCAAAAUGAUGAAGUAUCAGCAUCUGAAGUUCAGGAGCUUCCCUCUAUGAAUAUGGGAUACAUUAGCAGUCCACCCCAGUAUGAUAUGUCUGGCUCUUAUCCACCUGUCAACCAAGCAAGUGACAUGCUUGCAAUUAAUCCACUUUCCACUACAACGGAUAAUGACCUGGAGGUGGAUGAUGCAGGUGAUAGUGCAGAUGUCCCUUCCUCUGUCAGUGGUUCACCUGAAACAGGAAAGCCACAAAACAAAUUAAGUACAUCCACGGCCUUUGAAGGCUCUGAGCAGGCUGAUGAUGCUGUGGUGGAAGAGGAGGUGGACGAGGCUACUAUGAGUAUGGAGAAGAUGAGUCUUGAACUUCCCUCAUCUACAUAGACAGGUGAUCAACUUUUCGUUGUCAAAAAUUUGAAAUGUGAAUUGUUUUCUUCCACUUCUUGGAAUUUAUGUGCAGAACAUUUCAUUAAGGAGAAUAAACUCUUGUUGCUUAAAAAAAAAGAUUAGACACACAAACUGAAGUUUUUAGCCUUCAUUUUUUUUUUAUAUAUGAAGUUACUGUUUUUGAUGCGUGUGUUGGAUUGAACCAGAAAAUAUGGCUGGAAGAAUACAUGACUCAGAAAACCAAAAAAAAGUACAGUAUUUGUGAACAAGAGGGCAGAGGAAAUCUUUAUGUGGGGCAAAUUGUUGCUUUUUCCCAUCAGCAUUGAUGUUUUAUUAGAGAUUCUGAAUUCAGUGAUGCUUUGGUCCAGGAUCUUUUUAUUUACCAGUAGUGCCAUUGAUGUUUGAAACAAGUGCUGAAUGCUUAUCAGAAAAUAAACAUGUUUGCCAUUUUCAUUCACGUAAAGAUCAUUACCUGUACUUUUAUCAAUUAUUUAUUGUAUAAUAGUUCAUAUUUAAUUUGUGUAAAUGCAUGAUAUCAAUGUCAGGGGUAUGUAAGAGAUUAUAGGCUUUUUCCCAGGAUAUUUUAAAGUUGUUGUUGUAUAUUUUUAAUAAUAACAUUAUACUUGUCUUUUGCUGUAUAUCAUUUUAAUAAUGAUGUCAUACUUCUUUGUUAUUUGUUUGUUUACAUCUGGAAAGAAAUUGUUCAUUGUUUUUGUUGCAUUCAAGACUACAUGCUAGUGUAUGAUGGAAGACUACAUGCUAAUGUAUGACAGUGUUGUCGGAAAUUGAAUUUGAAAAGUGCUUUACAGCUUAAAUGGGAUACAUAUACUGAUUUGCAUGUCAUAUGGCUGAAGUUUUUCAUUGCUGCUAAUACAUUUUUAAAAUAUCAUAUUUUUACAAAGACGUAAAAAAAAAAUUUUCUUUUAAUUUUACAAUAAAAGUUCUGCUUUGUGCAUAAUGAUUAUGUGAAGAAGGAUACUUAUGUGAAAAUGUCAUUUUGCUUUAUUUUUUAGGCUCUCUAAAGUUAAUUCUAUGUUUAACGUUACCCAUGCACAUAGGUUUCGGAUAAAUUGGUAGUUUGAAAAAAAAAAAACAAACAAAUCAGUAUUUUUUAAGUUUGGAUUCUGGUUUGCUUUUACUUUUAGCAAUUAAAAAAAUGCAUUCCAAAGGAGUGGUGAACAUGUUGGCCCUGUAUGAGGUAUAUUCCAGAUGAGUCUAUCCCUUAUAAUGACAGAUUUACAAAAACUGAUCAUUAAACAAUAAGCCUUCAUGUUGCGCAAAUAUUUACAGUAUUUACAGGUUUUGAA